UUAUAUUUGAUUCAGUUAAUGACAAUAUUAAGCUGUCUUUCCAAAUGGGUUUACGUGUUCACAGAGGAAAUGUGGAAAAAAAGUUCAAAUAGAAUUUAUAUAAAAUCAUUAUGUUACAUUGAAGAUUUGUAAUUUGUUCUGUUUAAUGUGAAUUUUGAAAGAUCUUGGUAAACCCAGAAUUUAGAUUUUGGAAUUAUCACUCUUUAAUUAUAAAUUAAGUCCUGUUGUUUCUAAGUUUAUAACCACUACCUUCAAGCAUUCUGUACUCAGUGACUCUGCAAUUUCACAUCCCAAGUGUUUCUCUGUCAUAUAUAUAUAUAUAUAUAAUGUUUUUGACCCAAUUGGGCAAAUUAGGGCAUUGAUGAAGCUUAUGCUUCUCCAUCUGCCAAUUCUGGGAGAGAGUGACUUAGUUCAUCUCUCAUCCAUGUCUCAACUUUACGUCAACUAGUUUCAGAGGUAAUUUCUGAAAUCUCUCCACGGAUGGAGCUUUCAAUCAAUCUCCCACAAGCUGAUUCAAAAAAAGGGAAGAAAAGGUAGAAGAAGAAAGAUGAGAAGAGCAAGCAAAGCAUAAGGUUCAGGGCGCCCUGGUUGACAAGUAUGGAGUACUCACUGCUGCCAGACGUUGGCACCAAGGCGCUGUGUGUUGGCAUUUCUCUUGUCAGCAUUGGCAUCACAGCUGCCUAUAUUUAUUUCAGGAAGAAAGCGAAGGCCAAGGCCAAGGGCUGCUUAGACCCUCAGAUUUUUAAGGAGUUCAAACUUGUGAAAAGAACUCAGCUCAGCCAUAAUUCUGCGAAGUUUAGAUUUGCUCUUCCAACUCCUACUUCAGUGUUGGGGCUCCCUACCGGAUAUUUCAUAAGAUGCAGGGGAAAGGAUAGCAAAGGUGAUGAAGUUAUCAGGCCAUAUACCCCAAUUACUUUAGAUUCAGAUGUUGGAUACUUUGAACUAGUUGUCAAGAUGUACCCAAUGGGAAGAAUGUCACACCAUUUCAGAGUGAUGCGUGAAGGCGAUUACCUGGCUGUAAAGGGACCAGAGAGCCGCUUCAAAUAUAAUCCAAACCAAUCUCGAGCACUUGGGAUGCUUGCUGGAGGGACUGGCAUUACCCCAAUGUUUCAGGUGACUAAAGCCAUAUUAGGGAACCCAAAAGACAAAACCAAUGUGCAUCUUAUCUACGCAAAUGUUACAUUCGAGGACAUUCUCUUGAAGGAAGAACUAGAUGGGUUUGCUAGCAAGUUCUCCAACCGUUUCAAAGUUUAUUAUGUUCUGAGUCAGCCUCAUGAAGCAUGGAAUGGCGGUGUCGGACAUAUAUCCAAGGAAAUGAUUAACACUCAUUGCCCAGAACCAGCACCAGAUAUUCAGAUAUUGAGGUGCGGCCCACCGGGCAUGGACAAAGCCAUGGCUGCUCAUCUUCAUGCACUAGGAUAUUCAAAAGAGAUGCAGUUUCAGUUCUAAUCAAAUGGCUUGCAAGUUCUGUACAAUAAAACCAAAUAUACUUUAUAUAAACCCUUGGAAUUAUUAUGUCCACAUAAUAGAUUUUUGAGAUUUCA